AUGUACAAGAAUGAAAGCAACUACGUCAUCGGUAAACUGGAAGCUGUCAUGGUUGUAUUCUUCGUGCGCGCCGGUCGAAGGGGAGGGUAUCUAGCGUCUGCGCUGCUAUCGGGUGGCAUGGCUUCAUUCCAAGCGGAAAUGGGCGGACAAAAGGGACUUUGGACCGAUGACAUUAUCACUGCCAAGAGGAUUUUACAAGGCAAAGAAGAAAUUGCUAAGUAG